AUGCUGACGCAUUACCGCGGAUCAUCAUCUCCAUCAAUCACACGUUUAAGACGUUCAAUUCUCGGUUUAAAACGUUAUUCGGCUGUCCAUUCAAUUGAUAGUCACACCCAUGAGCUCACAACUCAAGAGCAUGAGGUUGAAGCUUUUCUAAAAAUGGUAACUCAAAAGUUUUAUAAGUUAUCAUUAGUGGAAUCGCAUGAACUUCUAUCAGGUUCUUGGAUUUCCAAGCUUUUAGAUGUUUUCCUAUGUUGUCAAGAACAAUUUAGAGUAUUGUUAUCAAAUAACAGAAGUUGUUUGAGCAAACAACCUAUGGCGAAAUUGGUUUCAGAUUAUUUUGAAAGGAGUGUAAAGGGUUUGGAUAUUUGCAAUGUAGUUAGAGAUGGGAUUGAACAAAUGAGGCAAUGGGAAAAACAACUAGAGAUUGUUUUGAAUGUUUUAGGGGAUCAAACAAUUCUUGGUGAUUCCCAAUUUCAAAGGGCGAAAAGGGCGUUGAACAAUUUAGAGAUUAAGAUCUUUGAUGAGAAAGAAUCAAGAUCGAUUUUUUCUCACAAGAGCCGAUCUUUUGAUCCGAAAGAUUUGAAGAAUCAAGAAAGCAAUGGCACUAAGAUGUCAAGAUCGUUAUCUGCGAGUGUUUCAAGAUCUUGGUCGGCUUCAAAGCAACUCCUAGCAAUCGGGAACAACAUUGUAGUACCGAAAAGUAAUGAUGUUCUAGCCACCAACGGGCUUGUUUUGACUAUUUACACAAUGACCCAUGUGUUAUAUUUCGUGAUGUGGGUUCUAGUAGCAUCAAGCACUUCUCAAGAUCGCGGGUUACAAUUACAAUUCAACAACUAUCAUAAGAAUUUCACUUGGUGGGUCCCGAUGAGUUCGCUCCAAGAAAGAAUCUUGGAGGAAUAUAAGAAGAGGGGUAGAAGACACUCUUGUGGAAUUCUGAAGGAGGUUCAUAGGAUUGAAACAUAUGUGUGUUUUAUGAAAAGAUUUAUCGAUUCAGUUCAGUUUCCUUUGAGAAAAGAACAAGAAGAAGAAGCGAAGAAAAUGUUUGAAGAAUUGAAAAACAUAUACGAUACAUUAAAGAAUGCAUUGGAUCCGUCGGAGAGGCAAGUGAAGGACAUUUUUCAACAAAUCAUUCGUUGUCGAAUUGAAGGGCUUGAUUAUGUUGCAAGGCAGCAUGAUUAA